GUACAACUUUAACUGCUACAACUUCUUCUUCUGCAGAGCCCGUCGUGGUGCCGGCGGCGGAGAAUAAAGCGGCGCCCGCAGACAAGAAACGAAGUGAUCCUGCUCCUGUCACAACAACUGCAGAAGCAAGUCGCGCACCCGUAGCAGGAGCAGGUCCUGUCCUUGCCACGACUGAUCAGGGCCGCGAUAUUAAGCCUAUUGUAGAAUCAACAUCGGACGAUCGUGCGGGUCAGGAUCCGGAACAAGAGGAGAAUACAAAUACGGAGAAGGUCACGUCCACGAAUAAUAACGAGAAACCUUCCGUGGCACUAAGCGGCAAUGGAACAUCACUUGCGACGUCGGCGGUUAAGAACAAGACCAGCGAUACUAGUACAACAUCAAACGCCAACCAAAAGGAAAAAGUGGCAACCACUAGUACAACCAAGAAACAGCACGACUCGCCCCAGUCCACGACGGUCGGAUUGACUCCCGGUGGCGGGGAAAAUAAUGAAACUGGAGCUCCUGCAGGAGCUGCGGGAACUACAGCAGCAGC